AUGAGUCCCACAGGGCCACCGCAGCUUGCUAAAGAUAGCCCUUCACUUCCUGGGGAAAACCCACCCCAACCGUCUUCGUGUACCGAGAAACGGGGACGCGCAGCUGGCUAUGACCCUAACCUGGACAAGUGUCUGGUGACUGAGGAUCUGCUCUCGGUUUUAGCCGAGCUGCAGGAGGCUGCGCGCUGCUGGCCAGGGGACAGCCCUCCAUCCCUGGCUGCGGUCCCAGAUGCUAACGCAGACCGCUGCAUGGUUGUGCACGUGGUGAGCUGUGAGGAGGAGUUCCAGCAACAAAAGGUGGACCUGCUUUGGCGGAAGCUGGAUGACCAGGCUCCGCUCACACAGAAGCACCUGGUCUGUGGCCCGGUGAAAGUGGCUGGUGCACCCGGCACCCUCACUGCCCCUGAGUACUACGAGCUCCGGCACGCCCAGGUGCGCAAGGCGUCAGCAGUGAAGCACGGCAGGGACCUGGCACAAGACCCAGCCUGGACAGAGGUCUUCAGCGUUCUCUCCGUGGCGACCAUCAAGUUUGAGAUGCUCAGCACAGCCCCGCACGGUCAGCUUCUCCUGGCCCUGGCCGACAGCAGCAUUUCCACAAAGGGCACCAAGAGCGGCACCUUCGUCAUGUAUAACUGUGCCCGUCUUGCCACACUGUUUGAAGGGUACAGGCACAGCAUGGAACAAGGUCUGUACCCCACUUUUCCACCUGUGAGCAGUCUUGAUUUCUCACUGCUACAGGAUGAGGGUGAAUGGCUCCUGCUCUUCAAUGGCAUCCUCCCCUUCCCAGACCUGCUGAGCCAGACAGCAGCCCUGGCAUGCACAGCCCCAGGGCUGCACACGACCGCACGCACAGAGACGAUGUGCAAGUUCCUGGUACAGCUCAGCAUGGAUUUCAGCUCCUACUAUAACCGCAUACACAUCCUAGGAGCGCCUCGACCACACCUUUUUGGUCAAAUGUUUGCCCGUCUCCAGCUUCUGCGGGCCGUGCGUGAAGUGCUUCACACCGGCCUAGCCACGCUGGGCCUCCCUCCGCUGGACCAUAUCUAA